AAACGCUGACUAAGACUAAAUUAACAUGCAUUAUUGUUGACGAAAAAAGACGAGACGAAAAUGUUUUGCAUAAAAUAAAAACUAAGAUAAAAUCUCUCUUCAUUUUCGUCUACAAUCGUCUCUGCUUUUUUAUCAGCUGUUACGGCUUUAAAAUAUUCAGAACGAGUUCGCGGCUUCGCGCUGUUGCUCAAGUUACAGGUCUCAUACUCCUGCUGAACACACAACACACAAAGCGAACACGAGUGACGAGCGACGACGACAUGCUAGGUCGAAGGAAGAGGCUCGAUAUUUGGUCGCAUUUUAAGUACAAUGAUGCUGACAAAAAGUCAAAAUGUGUCAUCAUAACUGACGAGAAACACUGCGGACAAAGAAUUUCGGGGAAAAACACCACCAACCUUAAACGACAUCUAAAGGCUAACCACCCACACAUUCAGGUAAGUUAACCUAAAUUAACGUCUCAUAAGCUAAUGCUGAUUUUAGGCAUCUACGCUGUAAAUCAACCAGUUAGCUAUGGUGUUUUAGCACAUUAAGCAGGUUAUAUAUAUUUUAUGUUAACUUAUUUUGCCACAUGCAUGUGUGGGUCACCGGCGCGGAAAGUGGGGGUGCUGUAAAUGCAUGUUUUUUCAUUAACAUUUAUUUGUAAUAAACACUUUGAGUUGGCUAUUUAAAAAGUUUUAUUUUUAUGUUAAAUUAUGUAAAGGAUAAUGUAGAGCGAGGCGGCUGUAACGUUAGCUAAUACAACACCAACAGGCUGAUUAGGACCCCGACGCGAAGCGGAUCCCGCUUAUUACAUGGCUACCUACCAAAUAAAUCAAUAAUUUGACACAAAAUUAUGAUUUAAAAAGGAGUUUAUUGAGUUAAAAAACGAUUGUAUUGCUUCCGCUAAAGAAGAUAGUGCGCUCCGUCUCUACGGUUAGAAUCCUGUGUGUUCAUGGCAACGCUCUGUUUUUCAUGGCAACGGUGUGUUAUAGUUAGCAGCGGUCUGUUAUCAAGAAAUAAAAUAGUGUGUGCGUAGAAAGAAUUCAUCCACACGCCGCGCAAGUCCACCGUCUAGGCAGGCUUUUUGUGUUAAAUUAUAUUUCCUGUCGCUGCGCAGGCUCUUUUAUUGUACAUGACGUCCCGAUGACAGGUCCGUUGCAUUACGAUUAAAAGCAGUAUCAAUAAAGUAAAAAAUGUGAUGUGCACUGCAGUCAAGCUCCAGAGCGCUGUUUAAACGAGUGUUCUCACUGAUACUUUUGUGAUUUGCGGAGUUUUGACAAGUUUUAUAGCCUUGAUAUUGUUUCUUAUUCAAAAGUGGUGACAGAAAAAACUCAGCACCCCCAACCUGAAACCUCUUCCUACGCCCUGUCACAAUCACAUCAUAAUCAAAAUUAAUGUAAUUAGGCUUAGAAGCAAAUGUAUAUGUAAGGGAAUCAAGUUGAACAAUUACAUGUAGGCUAAUAUUCCUCCAAAUAUCAUCAAUAAUGGUGUGUGCAAUACCAUUUAUAACUUGCAUUCAGUUGGUAAUUUACUGACUGUGCCAAAAAAGACCAAAAUUACAAAUCUAGUGGACCAAAUGUACCUAGCUGAAAAGGUAAAAUUUAAAAACAGACUGGCUAUGGCCCGCAAAGUAACCAUCAGCAUUGACAUAUGGACUAAAAAGGGACUUACCGCCUCCUUCCUGGCUGUCAGUGCUUGCUAUUUCAAUGUUCAGGACAGUAAAGCUGAACACAUACUACUGAACCUAAAGCAAAUGGUUCACCCACACACUGCUAAUUCUAUUGUCACUCUUGUGGAGGAAUGCACAGAAGAAUGGGGGAUCCCAAAGGAAAAAAUUAUCAUGAUAAUAACUGAUAAUGGAAGCAACAUGGUUUCUGCAUUUCGCGUUGAAGAAGAGGACACCAGUUCUGAUGAGAACGAUUCCAACAAGGAUAGUGAUGAAGAGGAAGAGGCAGACGAAAGAUUUGGAAUCUUGGAGAGGACCCCAUGUGUAAUCCAUACCCUUCAGCUUGUCGUCAACAUGGUAAAAAAGGAACAAGCAAUCAAACGUCUACUGGACAAGGUCCGGCAUCUGGUGAGACAGUUUCGCAAAUCAUCUGUUGCCACAGAACGGUUGCUGGAACAAUGUGGACUCAUUCUCAUCAAAGACUGUGAAACCAGAUGGUCCAGUUCUUUUUUGAUGUUGUCUCGUUUACUCGAAGUAAAGGACCACGUGACAUCGGUGGCUGACACCAUGGGCUGGGACUGCCUGCUGCCCAGUGAAUGGCAGAAGGUGGCCAUCCUCAAAGAUUUGCUCCUUCCAUUUGCAGAACACACAAAGGUGCUUGAAAGUGACACGUGUUGUUUCUCCCUGGUUGUCCCUGCAAUACUGGAUUUGAGGAGCCACCUUUCAGACUUCUACCUUGCUCAUGCCAGGAGCUACAGGGAUGUAGCUACACUGGCACAGAAGAUGUCUGCAAACAUGGAUUUACGCUUCAGCUGUUUUCUGGAUGUGUCGGCAAGCAACUUUUCUCCUCUUGCUGCAGCUGCUUGUUUUGUUGACACUAGUGUGUCAGCAGAGACCCUGAUAUGAUAAUGACGACAUACAGAAUCUCCUCAGUAAAGCUGAAGAGUACAUCACUCGCAGUGUACCAUACCAGGAAGAGGUGACAGAUGAUGAAGACAUUAGAAAUGCAGAGGUCUCAGAGGUGCCUCUGCAAAAGCGGCCUAGAUUCAGGUUUUUUAGUGCCCAUCGGCCAUCAUCAAAGCCAAAGACCUCCAAGGCCUCCAUCAGACAAGAGGUCCAAAAAUUCAAAGAAUCCCUGUCCCAUGCAAACCCAGAAGAAUCCGGCAUGGAUUUCUGGUCGUCUCAAAGCUCCACCAUGUAUCCACUGCUGAAACCCCUGGCAUUAGACCUUCUGGCAAUGCCAGCUUCCGAAGCGUUUGCAGAGCGGGUCUUUAGUUUAACUGGAGACCUUUCAAGUGGCCGCCGCAACAGAGCAAGAAUUAGAUUAGAAAGAAGUGCUUUUCUAAAACUUAAAGUCUAGAGUGAUAACUGCAAUACUGCUCUGGUUAAAGUUUGGUUAGAGUUAUUUUUAUUUUUAUUUUUAUUUUUUUUACUUUAAAUAACCCUUAAUGGUUUGGAUUUUGCAUUCUGUUGCAAAUCUUGCCUUUGAACUUGAUUGUUUAAUUCAUUCCUAAAGUGGAAGUUUCAGCAGCUGUAGUAAGCUUUAGUAUCAGCAGCUGUAGUAACAACAGCACUGUUAAUUGUUGAUCCUUGUUAAAGCCUUGGUAAAUCUUAUUUGUUAUUUCCCAAGAUCAACCUAGACUGUAAAUAGGUUGUAUUUUAGGCCCACAGUAAAGUAGGCCUAUUCUUUUCAGUUUUUCCGAGUAUAUUUAUUUUAUUUCUGAUUUGAACAGAAACAUGAGACACAAGGCAACCAAAACAGUUUUAAAAACCUUUGUAACUUAAGUUGUCAGUCGGAGUCUGUUGGGACCCAGCUUUUGAAUUGUGUUGGUUAAAAUAAAAUGCUCUUCAGAACAGGUUAAUCAUUUGUGAAUGUGUCUCCUAAAUCAGAAAUUGAAAACCAGACACGUUUAACAUUUGCAUUCAACAAAAAUCAUUCAACAAGUGUAUUUUGUCAGGUAAUUAUGACAUUUAACCAAUGUUUGAGAUAUGUGAAACACUUGUUUUACUGAAAUGUGUAUCAGUAAUAAUCUCAGUAAUAAUGUGUUAUUUUAAAAAAAGACUACAAUUUUUUGACUAAACCUAGACUAAAAUAUAUUGAGUUUUCUUUUGACUAAAACUAGACUAAAAUGACGAGACUUUUAGUCGACUAAAACUUGACUAACAAAAAAAGAUAUGUGAAUGACUAAAUAUGACUAAAACUAACAAGGACAUUU